AUGUUAUCUGAAGGUCGCAGUUCUGAUAUAAAUGAUACUUUCUCAUACUCAAACGACUCAUCAAACACGAGUGAAUAUAAUCCAGAAGCCGAUAACAGUAGCAGAAAUAAAGAUUUGCAGAAUAAUGAAACACAAAUUAGCAGUGAAUCUAAUGGACGUCUUGAUUCAAUGUAUUUACAUUCCAAACAAUUUAUGACAGGAAUAUGUGAUUAUUCCCAUGAACUAAUUGAUCUUGAUAAGAUAAAGCAUGAAAAGCUCUUUUCUGACACUAAGCUAAGUGAUAUAAAUACAAUCUAUGAUCACGCCGCAUCAAAACUUAAAGAAAAUUUAACUGUUCAUUAUCAAUCAGUUCAGGAAGAAAUCAUGUCAUCUGUUAAGAGCCUUUUUUCAGUUGAACUAAAACGUAUAAAAAGUGAUAUGAUUAAGCUUCAUGAACAAGUGAUCAGUUUAAGAGAUCUUGCACGUAAUCAUGAAGGUACAAUAGCUCGUAAAGAACAGAUUAUCUGUGAUUUAACGGAUAAUAUUAAUAAGUUAAAAAUUCAAAUGGAAAUAAAUUUGAAAAAGGAAAAUGCCAAAAGAAAGUCAUUUUGUGUCAAACUUGCUGAUCGUUAUUAUAAACAAAAUAUUUUAAAACAAGCAAUUAUUGGAUGGAAACAAUUCAUGGAAUACACUUGGAAACAAAGAAAUUUUCGACGACUUACUUUGGAAGCUCAGUCUGAAUGUAUCAAAAUUAAACAAGAAUUAAAUCAGAAAAUUCUUCAACUGGAGGCUGAGUUAAAAAUUAGUCAAAGUGAAUUAGAAUCAAUGAAAGCCAAACAAGCCGGUGAACAAGCUGCACUGAAAACAGCAUUAAUGCGUGGUGUCUGUGCAUUAAAUAUGGAAACAAUGGCUGUAUUCAAUGAAACUCUACCAAAUAUGAAUAAAGAAUUUAUAAAUGAUCAUUUGGAAUUGGCUCAGUUGACAUCGAAGAAAUUAAACGAUUGUCAUUUAGAUAAAACGAUUCACAAUCAGUCAGAUGAGAUGAUUUUCAACAUACAAGCUGAUCAUAUUGUGCAAGCCACUCAUCAAAGUAACACUGAAUUCUCUAAUCAGAACAGACAGAAUUCUAUGGAGGCAUGGCCAAGAGAUACAAUUCGUAAUGUUGAACCAUCUUAUAGUACUGUGGUAAGAAAAGGCAACUGUGCAAAACCACUUAGUCAUUCCACGGAAAUUUGCGAACGUUGGUUAGGUCAUAGUGAUUACAGUGAGAACGAUCCAUUGAAUUUAUCUGGCUUACCGACAUAUAAGAUGCAUGAUCGUCAUUUACAUACAAUUCAAAGUUUAUCAUGCCAGGUCGAUGAGAAAUUAUCCAAUUCAGAUCCAAGUGAAUUAGAACAUGGCAAUCAAAUGGAUAACAAAUGGUUACCAAACAAAGAUUUAGCUCCGAACAAAAAUUACGACACAUCUUUUCGAAUCAAUAUAAACUCUACGAAUUCUAAACAUGAAAAACCCGAUCGCAGCUUGUAUGAUGGAAGAACUCAUACGACAGUUGAAAAUGCUAAAAAGAUGUUAAGUUCACGAAAUUCAUCAAAUCGUUUUUAUUCCACGGUGAAACAAAAUAAAUUAUCAUCAUAUCCAAGACCUCAAACUGUACAGCAUGGAAUACCUACUGGCAGCUAUCCAAAUGGUUCUACAGCUAUGGUUAAUAUCUUAGUUCACCGACAUCAAACCGGUAAUCAGAUAAAUUCAACAGAAAAUGUAAAUACUCAUAAGCAUACAACUAAUUCAACAGGAGUACACUAUUCACAUUGUCAACAUAAUCUUUCCUCAACACCACGUUUAUAUUCUGAUUCAUAUUCUCAUAGACAUGUUUAA